CUCGGAGUAGGGGGAGGUGAGGCUGUGAACACAGCCACAGGACGCACACAGUCUGUACGUUUGCGUCUCUGCCUGAACCAGUGAUGACUGACAGCAAAGUCCAACAAGGAGGCGCACUCAAGCAGACGCUAAUCUACAAAGAUGGCCUGCAUGCCAGGGGCCAGUGGGCUAGCAAGGCUGAGUUCCUUCUGGCCGUGGCGGGGCAGAUCAUCGGCCUGGGCAAUGUGUGGAGGUUCCCUUACUUGUGCUACAAGAACGGAGGAGGUGUGUUCUUUGUACCUUACCUUUUGUUCCUGGUGCUAUGUGGCAUCCCACUGUUCCUCCUGGAGACUUCACUGGGCCAGUACACCAGCUUGGGAGGGGUCAGUGCCUGGAGAUCAGUGUGUCCAUUAUUUGGAGGUCUCGGCUAUGCCAGUCAGGUGAUGAUCCUGCAUGGAUGUGUGUACUACAUCGUCAUUCUGGCCUGGGCUCUCUUCUACCUGUCAUACAGCUUUCACGCAGAGCUGCCUUGGUCGCACUGUAACAACUCGUGGAACACUGAGGCGUGUUUCCUGUUUGACUAUCGCAACCACACCGGCAAUGUGAGCAGCCUGCCUGAGAAUGCCACUUCCCCUGUGAUAGAGUUUUGGGAGAGAGAGGUGCUCCACCUGUCCAAUAGCUUAGACCAGCUCGGUCCAAUUAAUUGGAAGCUAGCGGUGUGUCUCGGCGUUGUCUGGCUCGUUUGUUACUUCUGUGUGUGGAAGGGCGUCAAAUCCACAGGGAAGGUGGUGUACCUCACAGCCACCUUUCCAUAUGUGAUGCUGUUUGUGCUUCUGGUGCGUGGUGCCACCCUCCCUGGAGCAGCCCAGGGCAUCAUCUACUACCUCAAACCCAACCACACUCGCUUGGCAGACCCAGAGGUAUGGAUGGAUGCAGGUACCCAGAUAUUUUUCUCUUAUGGAAUCUGUUUGGGGAGUCUCACAGCGCUCGGCAGUUACAACAAAUACAACAAUGAUUGUUAUAAGGACUCUUUCCUUUUGUGCCUCUUGAACAGUAGCACCAGUUUCCUGGCAGGGUUCGCCAUCUUCUCAGUACUGGGCUUCAUGGCAAAGGAGCAAGGCGUGGAUAUCGCCACUGUGGCUCAAUCGGGUCCUGGCCUUGCCUUUAUCGCUUUCCCCAGAGCUGUAGCAAUGAUGCCUCUUCCACAACUCUGGGCCGUCUGCUUCUUCCUCAUGAUCAUCAUGCUGGGACUGGACACACAAUUUGUGAGUCUGGAGGCGUUGAUGACGUCUGUGACCGACUUGUACCCCCAUCUGAUCAGACGUGGACACCGGCGGGAGCUGCUGCUGCUGUUUGUCUGCGUCGUCUGCUUCCUGAUUGGACUGGUCAUGGUCACGCCGGGUGGUCUGUAUGUGUUCCAGAUAUAUGAUCAUUUCUCCUGCAGUGGAGCCAGCCUGCUGCUUCUCUCCAUCUUCCAGUCUAUUGCAAUUGGCUGGGUCUAUGGUGCUGAGCGUUUCAGUUCCAACAUCAGGGACAUGACGGGCCACGACCCCCUGCUUCUCUUCAAGCUGUGCUGGAAAUACCUGACGCCAGCCGUGUGCACUGCCACCUUCCUGUUCUCCCUGGUGUGUUGGUCUCCACUGAGCUUCGGGAACGGCCUCGUUGCUCCAGGUUGGGCAACGGCGCUCGGCUGGCUCCUCACCCUCUCCUCCGUGUCUCUGCUCCCUGUCUGGGCCAUCUACGCUCUCGCCGUGACGCCCGGCACCCUCGCGCAGCGCUUUCAACGUCUGUGCAACCCCACCACGAACUCGCCACAGGUGUUCGAACACUUCUCCGGCAUCUCGACCGCCUACAGCCCUGCACUUAAGCUCACCGAGAAGCCAAAGGACGCAAUCAGCGACGUCAUCCAGGACUACGUGGCUUAGUGGCGUUCCAGGAUGCGCAUGCAGGUGUGAUGAAAGAGAGGUUGGAUCCUCAAGCACCGCGUCCACCAAGCAUUACAGUUAGUUUCACUUUGGAAUUGCAUAACCAUUAUUGUUUGUUCGUCAUGACGCAUUGACUUUGUCAAAAAUGAGGGUAGCAAAAUACGUGAUGGUGCACUCAUCAUGUGCUGUCUCUUAAUUAGACCACAUGCAUGUGGGGAAACAGCAAAACCAUCCAUUUCAUAAAAUUCGGGAUGCUCCGAUCAGGGUUUUAUGCUGCCGAUUCCGUCGGCUGACUGAGAUCAGCCGAUACCAAUCACCUGGAUUCACUUUUUAUUUGUUUAUGAUGAGUGGUAUUGGCCAGGGGCGCCAUAUGCGGGGGAAAGUUGGGAAAAUUCCAAGUCAGGGGCCCCCAAAAAAAGGUAAUUAUUAAAAAUAAAGUACAGUAGUACCUCGCAUAACGUAAACCUCCUUUUACGUAAAUUCCACUGAACGUAAAGAAUUUAUGUAAAGUUUUUGCAUCGUAUUACGUAAGAAAUUCCAUAUAACGCAAAGCGUCAAGUCGGUGCAAGUUCAGAAAUUAGAUUUGAAUAGCUCGCGCGACAGAGAGAGAGAAACAUUUUCGAUGACUAACAGAGUACACUUGGUGACACCUUCUGACUCUUCACGCUCUCAUUGGCUGAUUAUCGGGGCACCGCCUUCCCUCUCAUCUCAUUGGCUGAUUAUCGGGGCACCACCUUCACUCUCAUCUCAUUGGCUGAUUAUCGGGGCACCGCCUUCGCUCUCAUCUCAUUGGCUGAUUAUGGGGGCACCACCUUCACUCUCAUCUCAUUGGCUGAUUAUUGGGGCACCGCCUAUGCUCUCAUCUCAUUGGCUGAUUUAUCCAGCACGUACAUGAGUUUGUGUGAGAGACAGGCUUCUCCCUUCAACCUCCCUUCCUCUUUGUAGUCGCCCUUAAACUAGUUGAUUGUUUUUGUUUUUCAGUUUUAUUCAUUUACAGUAAUCCUUUUUAUUACCUUAUUUUAUAUUGGAAUGUUACUCUACUAUGUUUAUGCUAACGUUUUCUUAUAUUUUCCCACCAUAUUUGGUGGACUUUGAAUAUUUUGAAGGGCCAAUGGGGUGAGUUUGGGAAGAUCUUGGAAGGGAUUAGGCUAUUUACAUGUCUUUUACGCUUGGUAUAACAUAAAAACUCUAUAACGUAAACGUUCUCUGAACGGAUUAUUUACAUCAUUUACGUUAAAUAUAUAUAUUUUUUUUUAACGGGGCCCACAAUUCUGCCUGCACCGGUGCUAUUGGAUAUGUGAUCUGAAAAAAGCAACCAUAAAAUGACUUUAAUUUCGACAAAACCAUAUUUUACUUACUUUUUGAAGAGAGCGUACAUCACUCGUGGAACUUACAGAGGAAAAGACAACGCCGUUAAAGCGAUAGUUCGGAUUUUUUCAUAUGAAGUUGUAUUACAUCCCCAUCAACAGCGACUUUUCCCCCCACCGAAUAAAAUCAGACCUCACAAAUCGCUCCGUGUUAUAUUUGUCUCCCGCCAUCUCCCUGCGCACUGUCGCCUCUCCAUUCUUGUGCUCGCAUGUUCUUCUGCUGUGGAACACACACGUCAACAAGAUGGCCUUACUCUUUACUUGUGUAACCCCAGCGACUACAUGGAACGACGUCCUACAUCACCAAAAUCCAACUUCAUGUCAAAAAAUCCAAUCUGUGCUCCAAGUGAGAGAGCAGUCGGUGGAAACCGGUGUCGUCCACCGCCGAGAAAGGCUGGUCAUUUAGUUUGAUGAAUUCAUUCAUUUUUUGGAUGAUUUGCUUAGCCUUCUGACUGUCACGCACACAUACAGGCGAGCGUUGACCAUGUUAGCUGUCGUGAGCUGCACCGUGGGCCUCGAAAACUCUUCAUACUCCGUCAAGUGCUUGUUCUUCAGAUGCCUCAUUAAAUUCAAGCUUUCGCGGCAUGUGUUGCAGGAAGCCAAGUUUUUAAGUUCCACACGCCUGCGCAGUGUGAAGGAAAGGGGGGAGGGGACACUACACUGCACCCAAGAGUCGGCACAUGCCGAUCCUAUCCACGGAAAUCGGCCGUGGAAAUCUGUGGCCAAUCGAUGGGAGCAUCCCUACAUAAAAUAUCUGGGAUUACAAUGGAGAGGGCAUUCAAAGUGUGUAAUGAUAUUGUCAGCACGCAUCACUGUACCGUGUAUCGUGUUUUCCUGCUGCACACAGCCAGAUGCGGUAAUCACCACAACCAGAUCAGGUUUUUCCAAGGUCAACUGAAUUGUAGCGCUUGGUGGACACUUGGCUAAGGACUUUGCACAAAGGCCCCUGAUUAUCAAGGGAUGUAAGAAAAAACACCUCUAUAUAUACCUCUAUAUGAUAAAAAACAGACCAAUAAAAUAUAAGGAUAUAUUUAUAGAAAAUGUGAAUAUAUGCAUCAAUUUACUACUUAUGUGGCUUAUUUUUUUACAACUUUAGGCGUGAAGGAUGUCAUUGUACUGCCAACAAAUGAAUGUGCCGUUACUGCUUGCUUCUGUCUGCUUCCUCAAGGUCAGAAGGGAAAGCCUUGAUUUGGGGACUCCCAUUACAGCUUUAAGCGCCCAGCCACCCUGUGAGCAGCUAACACUCCUUUCCGUGCAAUUUCAUUGAAGCCACAGGACAGUUAGUCACAUUACCAAACCGUUCUUUUGGGGCUCAGCACCGUCGUCGAGCCUUUUUAUCUCUGAGAAACGGGGCUAAUGUUGGUCUGUUGUCCCUUUGGACACCAUGCAACAUGUUUUGUAAUCUUCAUUUAGUUAGUUAUGCCUGCAUAGGGUGGUUUACAUGCCUUACACCAGGGGUCUCAAACUCAAUUUCACCGGGGGCCACUGGAGGUAGAGUCUCGGUGAGGCUGGGCCGCAUCAAGUAUUGGGAGUAGGGCUGGGAAUCUCAGGGUACAACUCACAAUACAUGGCUCACAAUAGUGCUAAAGGGCCACCCCUCCCCCUGUCCAUGUGAUAACACCACUGUUAGUUCAGGGCCCCUGUAAGUAUGUAAGUAACACUGAGCUUGCCCGGAUGUUGCGGGCUGCAGUUACACUACUCUUUGAUGUCACAAAUGGCCCGCGGGCCGCGAGUUUGAGACCCCUGCCUUACACGGAACAAAUCAAGCUUUUGCGAGUUUUGCAUCAGCCCGUGGCGUUUUUUUGUUUCACUCAUCAAAAGAUAUCAUCCUGUGGAAAAUGCACAAGUUCUAUAUGCAGUUUCUGUAAAGGGUAGCGGCGUUUGCCUUGUUACCAAAUAAGUUCAUUUUUAAAUGUCAAGCACAGAAGCAUCAAUAUAACUGAAUCAGCAUUCAAAUAUUUUGUUUAUGUGUUUAUGUUUCUUAUGUUCUUAUUCUUUCAUUUGUUUUCUUUCUUUUCUUGGGAGAAUGAACAGAAUAAGAUUUUCAUUGCAUGGUAUAACUGCUGUUUUACUAUGCACAUGACAAUAAAACUCUCUUGAUCUUGAUCUCUUGAUCUUGAUCUUGAAAUAGGUGUGUGCACAAAAAACACUCCAUUUUCACUCUUUGUGAUCUCAUUUUUGCUGUAUUUCAAAAAAGGUUUUUACUCAACCUGAUCCUUACUGUGUACUGCUGUUUUCUAAUAGUUUUGACACUGCAAAAUCGCUGCUUUGACAAGAAUGUUGAAAUGGCUUUGACACGGCAGCACUCUGUGACUUGGCAUGUGAGAAUGUGAAAGGUUCACGUGAAUCUCUAUGAACAGGUCAUUUUUCUUGAGCCAUUGUGAUGAAGACAAACACGGUGACAUUUUACAACCCAAAACAGGGUGUUUUUUUUUUUUUGUAAUCAUUUUGACCAAGUCAAGUUCUGUAUUUUUCUAGUUUGUCUGAACAUGCGUUUGCAUACUUCAAAUUACAUCUGUCAGAGUGUGUUUUCUGUGUUUUAUCUUAUAAUGGGCCUCUUUUUCAGCUUGUGUCAUUGUCUACUUUUUAAAAUAAAUAUAUACAGUGUGGACAAAAGGGCGUGUGUCGGGU